AUGUCAGAUCCCUUUGCUGAGCUGCCUUUGGAGGUGCUACAGCUCAUACUCGAGUACGCGUCCGAUGCUGGCUGGGGACAGUGUCCGCCAGAGGACGCGUGGCUUCCUUUUCUCUCCGCUUCUCCAGCAUGCUUUGCAUACAUCAUGCGAAAGAAAUCGCGUCACUUGACCGCGCGCAUGGAUCGUAUCCUCGGUCAGAUCGAGAGCCUAGAAGCUCUUCCUUGGCUUUGUGAUGUGGUCACGAGCGUGAACACCGGAGAAGAGCACUUGUCGUACAACGCGUUUGCACCGGAACUGUGGGCCCCAGGAUGCGCCUUUCUCGAUCCGGAUAUCAGGUCAAUCCCCCCCAUAGGAACGCGCGUCUUUAUGGACAGACGGCGUAUUCUACGACGGCUAUACACUUACCAUGCGGACAUCCUCACCUCAGAAAUGGUGGACCGGGUUGCUCAGCGCAAACACAGAGCAGUCGAGCAAGGACGGCCUGAGUCGCCUUGGCCGCCUUGUCCUUCCAAAAAUUCGUGUGACCUUUGUGCCAAUCAAGACAAAGAAGGUUGGCCAUUUAAGGAACCGGCAGACUUUUAUGAUUCGGAUGCCUUCACAUACGAAACUCCAGAGGCCGAUCCGGAACACACAGAGGCGACUCUUGCACGUCGCAAUGGACCUUUCGGCAAUGGUCUCAUACCAAACAUGGAAAACUACAACGACUACGAAAAGGCUUUGCUGCGUCUGCUUGAGCUGUGCAAGCCUGCACGACUAAUUUGCGACGAGAGAGCCUGGAGGCUCUCGGAGGAAGCGGUCACGCGCAUUGUCGGAUUGCAAUGCGUCAAGGAACUAAGCAUCGGAGCGCAAGUCAUUGACGCGUGGACGGUUACUUAUACGUCUUGGCCCACCGAUACUCAUCUACCAAUUCCAUCCUACUACGGCCAGCUCAUCAAACAAGUCGAAAAACUCACAAUCUCUGUGGAAUGGGAGAACGACGACAGAGGAAUGGUAGACGCAGCUGAUUUUAACUUCGAUGAAUGGGACGCGGACUCGUUACGCGUAGAGUAUGUGGCAAGGUGGUCACAUGAGAAUGAUGAGAAGACUGGUCCGGUCCCUAAACUCAUUGAUGACGCAUCGCCUAAUAGCCUCGCAGGUCGUCUACUGUACCUGCUGGAGGCAGCGACGCAGGUGAAAGAGCUGGUCAUCAUGGACAUGUGCACCGAGGCAGCACUGCACAGUGCGCGCCUAUUACCUCUUUUCGCAUGCCUGCACAGCUUGCUAUCGGAUGAGUACCAUGAUGGACAGGUUUCUCCGAACUUCGACGGUCCCUCAGCCCCAACCGCUCAUGCGCUCCAACAUUUGCGCCCAAAAUUCCUGGACCUCGUGGCCGCAAAACCUGGAGCCCCUUUCCUCACGGUUGAAGACGUUCAACAAGUUGCCAAUCUAGAGCAAAUGAAGCCAAUUGCCGAAAACUUGCGCAAAAUGGCACCUCAAAUUGUUGAGCGCUUCAAUGCAAGAGAAGGCUUCGAUACGUCCAAAGCUGGCUAG